CCCUAGCCUCUCAGGCGAGACAAAUCAGCAGCACCAUCUGAAAGCCCUAUUUGAAUCAGCAGCACCAACAAGACCAGCAGCACCAGCUUCAGCACCACCAUCUAAAACCCCAACCUCCACUUCCACUAUCGGACACCCCCAAAUCCAAGCACCACCACCAUCGAAGCCCCAACCCAGCACCACCCACAAUCUGAAAGGCCCAACCCCAGCACCACCCACCAUCUGA